AUGGAUCUCGCCGGCACAGUUCCCAGUGCAGUUCCCGGCACAGUUCCCGGCACAGUUCCCGGCACAGUUCCCGGCACAGUUUCCGGCACAGUUCCCGGAACAGUUCCCGCCACCGCUCCCACCGCCGUGCUUUCGUCGCCACUGGACCACAUCCUCAUAUUCGGCCACGGCCGCUUCCAGACGCACGUCCUAUUCUGCACCAUGCUGGCCUUCUUCACAGCCAUCACCCAUGUCAGGGCGCCCGCCAGCCUCGCACGCCCUGUGGACCACUGGUGCAAGCCUCCGGCUGACUACACCUACGUCGCGGCCGAUGAGUGGAAGAACGUCAGCGUGCCUCUGGAGCUCGACGGCAAGACGCGAAGUCCGUGCCUUCGGUACGAGCCACCGUUCCCCCUCUCGGAGGACACCGAGAACCGGACCUCGGUCCCGUGCGACGCCGGCUGGGACUACGACAUCGAUGCCGACGCGGGAGUUGUCUCCAUCGUGGUAGAGUGGAACCUAGUGUGCGGCCGCCAGUGGAUCCUACGCGUGCUGUCCGCGGUCUACUCGCUGGGAGGCGCCAUAGGUGCUCCUCUGGCCGGUGUUGCCGCCGACACCAUGGGUCGCCGUCCCGUGCUCUCCAUAUGGCUCUUCCUGCUCAUGAUCGCCGGCGUCUCGCUGGCCUUCGCCAGAACCGUGCUGCUGUUCGCUACCCUCCGCGCCAUCUUGUCCGCCGCAGUCACCAGCGUCCUCGUCACGUCGCUCGUGGUCCUCUUCGAGGUCACCGACACGCAGCACCGGACUCUGUUCUGCAGCAUUGCCAUGGCCGUGGCCUCGAUCGCGGCCACGCUGUAUGGCGAGAUCUUCUACAGCCUAGAGCUCAGCUGGAACGUGUGCCAGGUGGCGUUCAUGGUGCCCACGAGCACCCUGGUCCUGGCCGUGUACUUGAUGAACGAGUCCCCUUGCUGGCUUCUGGCCGCGUCCAACAUGAGGCGCGCCGAGCACGUUCUGGCCUGGGCGGCUGGCGUGAACAGGGUGGACCCGGACGUCUUCAAGGAGCGCCUGUCCGAGCUGAAGUCGGAGAUCAAGAAGCAGCAGGACCAGCAAAUGCAUCAGGGAACAACCUCCCCGAGUGAUUUCUCUCCAGACCAAGAGGUGCACGCCAUAGACCUGGUCGUCAACCGGCGCCUGCGCAAGCGGUCGGCCAUCAUGUUCGGCUGCUGGUUCCUCGCUUUCGCCGCCUUCUUCAACAUCCGGACACCCGACGCGAUGGACACCAGCACCGCGGUCCGCGUCGUCCGCACGCUCCUCAAGCUGACCGGAAUCGUGGUGGACGUGCCCAUCAUCAUGCGCGCCGGCAGGCGCCGCUCACUGGCGUUCAGCAUGGUCGCCCUGUCCGUGCUGUCCCUGGCCAUGGCGGCCAUGUACCUCCUGCGCGCCCCCGACCUGCUAAUCGUCGGCGUCGUCUUCUCCUCGCUGCUGGUGUUCGACCUCUGCGUCGUCACCAUGUUCCUCAUCUCGGCCGAGCUCUACCCAACCGUGGUGCGAGCCUCCGGGCUCGCCUUUGGUUACGCGUGCGGCCGCCUCGGCGUUCUGGUGUCGUCCUUCGUCGCCGACAUCCCACAGGCCGAGUUGAAGGGCGCCACGUACGGCUUCGCGGCUGCGCUGCUGCUCCAUUUCGGUGUGAUGGCGCUGGGGCUGCCGGAGACGACGCAGCUGCAGCCGGCAAACACGCUGCGCGACAUGGCGGCCGACCGCUGGGCGCUGCGCUCGCCCCUCAGGGUGGCGCGAGCCGCCUCGCAGGGAAGCGUCAAACGCAAGCGUUCCCGGAGCGUCACCCGCGAACGGAGCCGAGCUGCCGACAGGUCAAUGAGUUCGCGUGACAGAUUGGCUCGCUGA